AUGGCCUCUUCGGUGGCCGCCAUGCCCCACGAGUCCGCCUCAUGGAGGGACCCCUCCCGCCCCACGCCGUCCAGGGGCUUCUUCAACAUCCUCAUCUCCUCCCCCGACGCCGCCGGAGCCGGCGGCUCGGCCUCGGCCUCCUCCUCCGCCAGCGAGCCCACGCCCAGGCGCCGCCGCCAAAUCCUCGACCGCUGGGCGGCGGCCGCCGCCGCCGUCACGGCCAGCGCCGCGCCGGAGCCCGCCGACCAGCGCCGCCGCGCCAGGGACGCCGAGCUGUCCGAGCUCGCGUCCGCCACGCGCCCCGUCGCCGCGCGCGCCGCCGUCUUCCGGGAGCCGUCCCCGGCGCCCUCCGACGCCUCCUCCACGGCCGCCGCCGCCACCAGCGCGCCCUCCGAGCUCCCGCCCGCGGGGCCCCGGGCCUCGUCGCUCAUCCAGCGCUGGCGCGAGAUCGAGGCCGUCGGCCCCGCCACGCCGCGCCCCGGCACCGCCGCCGCCGACCCGGGAGGGGCCUCCGACUCCGACACCGGCUCCCCGCGCGGCCGCGUCGGAUGCAUCGUCAAGAAGCUCAGCGGGGCGUCGUCGCUGCCCGAGGAGGAGCUCGACGACGUCGCCAAGUCCGAGCUCUCGCUCUCGCAGUCCGCGCCCCCGUCGCCCGCGCCCAUGCGCGAUGCCUCGCAGUACCCGUACCCGUCCCCGUCGGGCGCGAUCAACUGCCCCCGCCCGCCGCACCUUGUCGUCCGGACGGUGCGCGGCCGCCGCGCCAUGGAGGAGCUCGUCGCCGCGAUGGCGCACCGCCGGAGGCGCGAGGUCGCCGCGCUCGCCGAGAGGCACGCCGUGUCCCGAUUCACGCACAAGGGCAGGAUCCAGUCCAUGCUUCGCCUGAGAUUGUUACGCCAGAGAGGUACAGUUGAGGAUGAAUUGUGGAGUCUACUAAAACCGGUUAAGCCACACCAACCAAAACAUGUGGGCGAGUUGAGGUAUGAUAGCAGGGACACAGACUUACGAGAAGCAAACAAUUACAGUCAACAAAAUAACGGCAAGUGCAGGCAUGAUGAACACUUUUGUAAUGAUAGAGUUCCAGCUGAGGAAAAGUCAAUUGAUGUAUCCGUUGAAGGCCUUGUUGAUGGUUCAGGAAAUCUACAGUGUGAUGAGAAGAUGAAAACCAAGGGAGAUACGUGUCAGAAAGAUUGUAAAAACUUUUGUGUUCAUAGUCAGAACUAUUCUGAAGCAUCAAGCUUUGCAAGGUACGGUGAGCACAGUACUAUCGAUGAGAAUCAGUUUGUGGAAGAUAUCUCUCCAAGCACAACAAGCACGUUGCAUGAACUAGAAACUCCAUCAUCUAGAGGAGAUAAUCUACGCGAAGAAGACAACCAAAGCAUAAACGGUUCUUGGGAAGAGAGAGGAUUAUGGAUAAGCAGCCUAGGUUGGCCUGCACCAAUAGAUACUAUGAGUCUGGAUAGCUGGCAUCAGGAUACAAUGGGUGAUAUUGAGAACCAUAAUAAUCAGAUUCAAUUCAAUGAUCGCCCCUGGAUAGACUCCCCGAACUCGUGGAGAUCACUAUGUGUUGUCACGCAAUCAGACUAUCGUGCUUUGUCACACAAUGCCGACAUUUGCAACCUUCUUGAGAGCAAAAAGGUCUCAAAGUCUCUUGAGAGUGACUUUAGCAAUAAAAUGAACCAGCUGUUGCUAACAGUUCUGCAAAAACAAAGGCAACAACGGAUGAUGGAUGACUUUGGAGGAUACUAUGAUGAACGCAUGUACUGGAGACAAAAUGAUGAAAUUCAUGAUGCUGAUAAGGAGGCAUCUGCUCCAUGUUCAUUAGCUCCUGUCUCACAUCUUGGAGCUCAUCAGCAAGAGAGUUGGCAGCAUUCUUCAUUUGGAAGUCAACACCACGAUAACCAAAAUUUACUUGAAAUGGAAGUCAGGGUAAGGGGUGAAAUGUCCCAGAUUCAUCAUGAAAUAUAUGAACUGCGGAAGUUGGUGGAAAGUUGUAUUGCAUCCCAAGUAAAGAUGCAGCACUCCAUUAAAGAAGAGGUGUGCAGUGCACUUCGUGAGGCGGGUUUGAUGCCAAGCCAACCCGACACAACAGCAGCAAAAAGGGGUAAUUGCUGCAUCUGCCAUCGAAUGCAAGUUGACUCUCUACUUUACAGGUGUGGACAUGUGUGCACCUGUUUUGACUGUGCCGAUCAGCUGAAAUCGAGCGGCAGGAGUUGCCCAAUCUGUCAAUCUCCUAUUGAUGAUGUUGUUCGGGCGCAGCUGAAUUUUUGA